AUGGCUCAGCACGGCUUCGGUCAGUUCGGGGGCGGCACCAACGGUGGUGGAAGUAUUGACCCGAACGACCUCGCCAUGGGUGGCAACUAUUCCUCAUCAUACCACAACAACAACUUCAACAACACCAACUCCAACUCCAACUCUUCAAACGCCUUUUCCAGCGGCUCGGCGCUCUUCGGCGACGAUGAGCUGCUUGACGGCCUCAACAGCCCAACCGAUGGGCAAGGGGGCAUGCACGGCCAGGAUCUCGGCGGGGUGUCUGAAAUCAACAUGAGCUACCCACAGGCGAUGUACGGUUCUCACCAUGGCAUGGACUCAAACCUCAAUGGCUACUCGAACACGCCUGAUGGCGAUCCUAUCCAGAGUCCCUUUGUUCACAGCUACAACUCACACUACCGAGGGGGCUUCAACCACCAAUCCCUGGGCGCAUCAAUGCAGUCUCCCAUCUCUUUCUCCGGAUCACCACACGCAGGUUCCGACCUCACACCGGAUGGCGUCGAUGCCAACUAUCUCAACGCCAAGAGCAGGCAACGGAUGGCACAGACCAUGCAACGCAAGGGUUCCAGCACCCGCAGCCCGAUGACAGCAAAGGCCGCGAUGCACGGCGUCUCCAUGGGUUCGCAAGACUCGACCAGCUUUGCGAGCCAGUCAGUGCGCACGCCGGGCAUCCAUGAAAAGUCACCCUCCGGACAGUGGAUGCAACCCAGCAACCCCAUGGCGGCAUCGUACAACCCCGGAUUCUCACCUGUACAGCCCGGUAUGGCCGGCCUCAACGAGGUCAUGAUGAAGGGCGGGACGUCUAUGCCUGCAAAGCUCGGUGCGUCGCAAGGCACAGCAGUCUCUUCCCAAGAGAUGAAGCGCAAGCGCCGAAGAGAGUCUCACAAUCUCGUUGAACGUCGUCGCCGCGAUAACAUCAACGAAAGGAUCCAAGACUUGAGCAGACUUGUACCCUCGCACAGGCUCGAAGACGAGAAGAUUCGAAAGAUGAUCCAGAAUGGAACGCCACUGUCGCCUACGCUGUCUGGUAUUUCCAGCCCCUCCCAGGCGACAUCUGGCCUGGCUGGGCCUGGCGCUCGCCGCGCAACAGGUGGAGCUGCUGGCAACAUCACGACCGGUCUGCCUCUGGAAGACAAGGACAAGGGACCCAACAAGGGCGAUAUUCUGAACGGCGCUGUCAGCUGGUCCCGCGAUCUGAUGUGGAUGCUCCAUCUCAAGCUUCAACAGCAGGAGGAGCUCAUGAACAUCAUUGCCGAGCUCGGUGGUCAUUUCCCUUUUGAGCUGACAGAUGAUGAGAAACGGAUGCAAACUGAGCUCAUGGAGGCCAUCUCCAAGAACGACGCCCUGGGCUACUCGCGCACGGCAGGAUCUGGCCUGCGCGUUCCCAAUCACACCGAUCUCCGCGGCGAGCCGCUCAACGGCUCCGGUAACCCUUCUGACGGUCUCGGCGGCAGCCCACUCGACAAUGACGACGGCACAGUCACCGGCGACUUGACUGGCGCUAAUGAGUUUUGGAAUGACCCCGAUGAUGACGUCUCGCUCAACUUCAAGGGCGAUGACGACUUUGGCAUGGACCUCACGCAGUAG